GUUCGUUCUGGAGUUUCAUCAAAUCGAAGAAAAAUGACGACAACGAGUCCAAGCCGACCGUGGCCCACCUGGGAGAGGAGAACAAAUUUUACUUCAACAAGGAGCUGAAGCGAUGGGUGAUAAGGGGCGAGGAAGACAAAGUGGAGAAUGAGCAGAAGGUGACAGCCCCCCCCAAAAUGAGCACUUUGCAAAACGCCAGCCAGGGCUACCGCUCCCUGAUGCAGCAGAACAAAACGAGGAGUGCCCGCACCAUUUACGCAGAAAUCCCUGGAUUAAAAACUAUUAAGAAGAAGAGCACAAAUAUGCAAGGAGGAAUUGUGUCCCCUUAUAUGAUGGAUUCAGCCAAGAACGAAUUAAGUAGCAACACGACUGAUGAAAAUCGAUCAGAGCCAUUUGGCUCGAACAUGUUCAUACCUUGUGUGAAAGUUCAAGAGAAAAUACACCAAGGUGGGAAGUCCCCUUUGGGAAAUAAUGCAAAUGACGCUGAAUUGGAAGCUAACCCUAAAUUGAGGGGCAAAGAAGAAGGGGAAGUUAUUAAGGGCCCUGUGGAUGACGAUACGGGUAUGGAUAACAAAAAGACACACAUCAUCCCCAGUGGGGUCAGCCAAAUGAAAAAGGAUAGUGGUGACACAUUGAAGCAACUAAAUGGAAAGGAUUCAAAACAGGAGAGUAACAUACCUAGUGUAGAAAAAAGUAUGUUCAUCCCAAAGGUACACAUGGAAAACGAAUUCAAGAGUAACCUUUCCAGGGAGAGCUUUCUUAACUCAAAUAGGAGUAACGACAGGGCAGGAUCCAUACACGACAGUUACGCGGGAAAUGGAGUGUCUAGUGAUAGCAUCCCUAAGGGGCACGAACUGAAAGGAGGCAUAGACAAUUUUAAGCCUCCAAGUGGGGUUAACAUACCACCUAAGGAAGUGCGAAGUGAUCAUAUGGCUAGCUCGAUUAAGAGGGAGGAUCGAAGCAGCAGUUUUUAUGGUGACAUGGGUUUAGGGUUUAAUGAAGCAAAGGGAACAACUCCUCCGUUGAGUAGGGGGCCUCCACCAGUGGCACCCCCUAUGAGAGGUCCCCCUCCUCCAGGAGGUGCUGUGAAGCCGGUUUACUUUGAACGGCCGGAGCGCGGGGGCACAAAAUUCGCGACCAUGCCGAAUGGCACUUACAACGGGCGCGAAAUGGAAGGCCCCCAAACGAGAGUCCCGAUUGUGGGAGCAAAUGGGAGGGAUUCCUGGGCGAAGAGUAACGAUGAUAUCGCGAGAAGUAUCCCAGUUAGACCUCCCCCUAAUAUGUAUCCAACCAAAAAGAUAGCAGAAGAAGAUGAAAAAAUGGUUGCAAAUCGGGUGAGCGAACAAAAUGAAAAGACCCUUUCCAUGAGUGGCAACGUCCAAGGAAAUUUAUUCCCUCAGAAGGAAAAGGAGCUAAUUGAGCAUUUUUUAAGUGCACUAAAUAAAAGCUUAACAAAGGAAGACGAAGAUUUUAAGUAUCGGCUAAAGUUAGAAACGGAGAAACUUCACUCGAUUGUAGAAAAAGGAAGCGAUUUGGACACUCUGUAUAGGAAACUGAGUCAGUUGAAGAGUAUAAAAGAGGAGAGUGAAGAUACAGAAGUACUAAUCGCGUCGCACGUAGAUGAGGGGGGUAGUACCACCCAAGGGAGAGAAGAAGCCGAGGCGGAGGAACAAUCUAAACUGAACAAUAUUGUACACUUAAUAAACAGUAAAAAUGAAAAAAUUAAAAGAGAGAUGGAAAUAUUUAUGAGUUCUUACAACGAGUUGAGAAAGGGAAAAAUGAAAAACGAAGAAAUCAUUCGGUUGUACAAAAAAAGGGAAAAAAAAAAUCUGCACAUCUUAAAGGAGAUGGAAGAAAAGGAGAGAAGAAGGAGUGCCUCUUUUAAAAAGAAGGAAAAAAAAUACCAAGAGGAGAUCUUAGAGGGAAAAAAAAAUCUCCAGCUGGAAAUUACAAAUCGUGAACAAGAGUUGGAGAGAGUGAUGAGGGAGCAGGAGGUGUCUCUAAGGAUGAAGGAAGAAGAAUUGGAAACGCUGAAGGGGAAGGAAGCUGCACUGAAGGAGGAGCUGAAGAAAGUCGAGUCCGAAGCGGAGAAAAAGGUAUCCAUUCUGAAGGACGAAUUCGAAAUGAGGAGGGCCAAAGAGAUGGAGGAGCUGGGCAACGAGCAGAGGGAAGUGACGAAGGGCGCAAUGGAGGAGGAGGUGAGGGGCGAGUUGCGAAGUGAACUGAAGGACGAAGUGAUAGGAGAGCUACGAUCCGAACUGAAGGAAGAAGUGAUAGGUGAGCUACGAUCCGAACUGAAGGAAGAAGUGAUAGGAGAGCUACGAUCCGAACUGAAGGAAGAAGUGAUAGGAGAGCUACGAUCCGAAAUGAAGGACGAAGUGAUAGGAGAGCUACGAUCCGAACUGAAGGACGAAGCGGCGGGUGACUUGGAAAAGGCGAAGAAACUCGCGGAGGACAACUUCAACAGCAAGCUAGAAAAGUAUAAAGAAAAAAUGGAGGAAAAUAAAAAUGAUUUCAUUAACAAUCUUAUCAUUGAGAAAAACGGCGAGGUGGAGGCUUUGCGGUGCCAGCUGGAGAAAAUGAAAAACGAGGAGAUUUCCCAAUUGAAGGAGGAACAGCAGAGGGCACUGAACGAGAACAUGGAGCAGAUGCGGCAGAGCCUGUUGGAGGAGCACCAGCAGCACAUGGAGGAGCUCAAGCGGGAGUGCGAGUCGCAGAAGAGUAGAGAAAUCGAGGCGCUGCGCGGUGAAGUGAGCAGGAGGGAGGAGGAGCUGGAGACCAUGGGCCAGGAAUUAAUGGACGAAAGGGAGAGGCUAGCCCGGGUAGAGAAACAGCUGAGCGAGGAGCAGGAGGAGAAGCUAGCCCAGCUGGAAAACUCGCAUGAGGAGAAGCUAGCCCAGCUGGAGAACUCGCAUGAGGAGAAGUUGGCCCAGCUGGAAAACUCGCAUGAGGAGAAGCUAGCCCAGCUGGAGAAUUCGCACGAGGAGAAGCUAGCCCAGCUGGAGAAUUCACACGAGGAGAAGCUAGCCCAGCUGGAGAACUCGCAUGAGGAGAAGCUAGCCCAGCUGCACGGAGAGAUCGAUCGGCUGCACAGCGAAAUGAACCAAAUGGCGAAGGAAAAGAGGCAUCUAGAACUAAACGUUGCACUGCUGAAGGAGGAAAAAGAAAACGCCAUGAACAGGAAUCAAAACCUAGAAGAUAAUCUAAAGAAUAAUGAAGAAAUACACAAUAGAAGGGUUAAUCUGCUCCAGGAACAAAAAGACAAACUGGAGAAGGAAAUAAAAGAAAUAAUACAAAACAGGAGAAAAGAAUCCGAACAAAUUAGAGAAAAAUUUGCAGAGCUUUUACAAGCAGAGAUUAAUAGAAUUAAAAAGGAGUCUGAACAAAAGGUGCACACGUAUGUGAAGCAAUACGAAGAAAUGAGCGAAGAGUAUGAGACGAAGAAAAAGGAAUUUAGUGACCUGCUGGAGAAAGCAAACAGCAAUAAUAAAGACUUGAACAAGAAAUACGAAGAAAAUAUAAUCAAAAUAAAUGAGUAUGAAGGAAUGAUUAAGAUGCUAGAGAAUCAGACAGAGCAAAUGGUACGAAACAAAAUCGAAGAACUAAAUGAAGAAUUUGAAAAGAAGAAAGAAAUUUUCGAAAAGGAGAAAAAACAAUUACUACAGAAUUGUGCACAACUUGAAGAGAAUCACAAGAAAAUCAAACAGCAGCUGGAGAAUGAAAUUAAUUUGGCCUUACAAGAAAAUGAACAGAAUAUUGUCCGCAUUACCAGUACAUACGAGUCCAGGGUGCACGAGAUGGAGAAGCGCUGUGAGGUGUUAAUGACUCAGUGCAGCGAGCUCAAAAUGAAGAACGACGAAAUGAUGGAGAACUUCUGCAAGGAGAAGGCGCAGAGGGAGCGCAGCCUGGAACGUCUGAGCAGCGCCAACGAUGAGUUGACCACCCAGAAUGAUCAGCUGACCACCAAGAAUGAUCAGCUGACAACCCAGAAUGAUCAGCUGACCACCCAGAAUGACCAGCUAACCACCCAGAAUGACCAGCUAGCCACCCAGAAUGACCAGUUGACCACCCAGAAUGACCAACUAAGCGACAACCUGAACGAAGUCAAAAACGAACUAUCCACCCUGCAAGGUAAGUACGAACAAGUGGCUAGCCAAAAUGCCCACCUGAAGAGCAGCGAGAAAGAGCAAAAAAAACUCAGCCACAGGUUGAGCGACCUAAAAAAUAUAAAUAGGGAUUUGAUUCGAGUUACAGAAAAGGAGAGAGAAUUAAACGUAAAAAAUGUCAACAUCAUAAAAUCUUUGCAAGCACAAAUAAAGGAACAAACGAAUUUGUACAAGGAGUACACGGAUGAAUUGAAAGAUGAAAUCGAGAAGCUAAAGAGAGUGACUGAAUCGGAAUCGAAUUCGAGUCUCUCGCAGUUGUUUAACGAAAACAAAAAAUUGAAGUUGCAAAAUGAGGUGAUAACUACCAAGAGUGAGACCAUGUCCGCUGCCCUCGACAGCUUGACCAAGAGACUCAGCUUCAUCGAGGCCAGCAUUCGGGACAAGGAUUACGGCCAGGAGGUCAUCCGACGCGCGGAUGAGUUGCAGUGA